GGUUCCGGUCCAACCCCGGACAUCUGUAGUGAUUUUAGAGAUGAAUUUCUGUGUCCCCACGUCUCUCGGCGUUAUUUUUCUGGCUUUGUACUUCUGCACAUCUCCACUCUUGGCAGCUCCUGUUCAAAGGCGUAGUCCUACACUUUGCAUCCCCAGUGGGGAAAAUAUAGCAGUCCGCCCACAAGUUUCGUUGCUCCGCCGUUGCAACAUAACCUUCUCCACUACUAUGGAGUUGGAGGUGGAGAAGCAAAGUUCAGUUUAAUUUACGUAACAAUCCCCU